AUGAGACAAAGGCGUUGGGUGGAAUUAUUAAGUGAUUAUGAUUGUGACAUCAAGUACCAUCGUGGAAAGGCGAAUGUAGUAGCCGAUGCUCUAAGCAGAAAAGAACGAGUCAAAAUCUUAUCUAUCAAAGAAGGAGACCGUACAGACUUAAAACAACGUGUGAUCGCAGAUCAAGAGAUCAGAUUGAGGCCAGAAAACCUAAAGGUAGGUGAUAAAGUUCUAUUAAAAGUUUCCCCAUGGAAAGGUACUGCCCGUUUCGGCAAGAAAGGCAAAUUGGCGCCUCGGUACAUCAGACCUUAUGAGAUCAUUAAACGUGUGGGACCAGUUGCGUACAAGCUGGAACUACCCCUAGAACUUGGCAAUGUUCAUGACACAUUCCACGUGUCCAAUUUAAAGAAGUGCUUGGCUGACGACCCGACCGUCAUUCUUGUUAAGGAUGUGCAUAUAGACGAAGGGCUCAAGUUAACUGAAGAGCCCAUCGAGAUCAUUGAUAGAGAUGCUAAAAAGACUAGACAGAGCAGAGUACCACUAGUUCGUGUACGUUGGAGUGCUAGACAUGGGUAUAAUGACACCUGGGAACGCGAGGACUUCAUUAAGAAGAAGUACCCUUAUCUUUUUGAUCGACAAGACUCUUAA